AUGGAAAAGAAAUCAAGGCAGAAUCAAAGUUCUCAAAAGGGGGAUCGCCAAUCAAGUAUUCUCUCAUUUUUUUCUCCAAAGGUUGGUUCUAAGAAAGAAUCAAGUAAUAUUGGACAAAACACAUCAACUCCAGUGCCAAAAAACAAAAAUUCUAGGCUGGAUGACGAAUUAAUGAGUGAGGAUAGAGAUAUUGAAAGGGAACUUUUAAAUUCAGAGCUGAGCUUCAGCGAAAAGAAAUUGGACUCUCUGCAAAGAGAUUCAUUCAGAAGAAUCAGGGACUUAGAGAUGUUCUCGGCAGAUGGAAAUGCAACCACUUGUGAAACUACGCCAUGUAAGACAAAUGGCCAGAAAUCAGACAAUUCUGGGGUGGAGACAACAGGGAGGAGGAUUCGGAAGAUUUGUGAUUCUGAUGAAGAGUUGGGCUCUGAGGAGAUUCUUUCGCGUAGAAUCAAACGGAGGCUGAAUAGUGAUGAUGAGUCAGAAGAAAGAAAUAGUUCAAGAAGUGGUCCUACAGCUUCUCAGUUGGAUGGGGAUAUCUCAGGCUUUGGCUACGAUAUUGGUUAUGAUGAGGCUUUAGAGGCUGAAGUAGCGGCGAAAAUUGAACAGAAAAUUCCCUCGGACUUUUCGGAUUUAGGGAGCAGUUUACCAAAAUCCAGUAGAAAAGAGUCAGAAAUUAAAUUUCAUGAGGCCGGGAAUUCUGUGAUUAACGAGGAAGAAGAAUUAGGUAAGGAGCUUCUUGGGACAGCUGCAGCACAAAGCAGCUUACUAUUUAGAGAUUACGUAGAGGCAAUGCUUCAAAUAGGGCGUAAUUUCUCACUUCCAUCUUGGGUUCAGUUACGGAAUAUAAGAGAUUCUAAGGGGACUCGCCCUCAAGAUCCAUGUUAUGACCCAUCUACGAUUUGGGUGCCAAGCCCCAAUAGUAGAGAAGCAAAGGAGGAGAGAAUGCACUUCACCCCUGCAAUGGAACAGUACUGGGAGCUCAAGAAGGAGCAUUUUGAUAAAUUAUUGUUCUUCAAGAUGGGAAAGUUUUACGAACUUUUUUAUAUAGAUGCAUUUAUUUGUCAGAAACACUGUGAUCUGAGAUGGACAUCUUCGGAUUCUAAACCACAUGUUGGAUUUCCAGAGACAGCUUUGCAUGCCUACGCAAACAAACUGGUUGAGCUGGGGUACAGAGUGGUAGUAGUGGAGCAGAUGGAAACUCCAAAGGAGUUGGAAGAACGCAAUAGAAGUGCAUCCAGGGGAGUAAAAAAGGAUAAGGCAAUUAAGAGAAGUGUAAACGAGGUGUUUACAAACGGGACUUUGGUACGUCCUGAUAUGCUUAGUGAUAUGGCCAGCGUUUUGAUGACUUUAUAUUUUUCAAAGAAAGAGUCAGAAGAGUUGGCUUACGAGAUUGGGGUGGUUUGUGUUGAUAUUACUACUGGAAAGGCGGAACUGAUUAACAUUGAAGAAAAGGGAGAUCAGUUUUUGCAGGUAAGAACAAUUGUAUGCCAAGUUCAGCCAAAAGAAAUUGCUUAUUUACCUGGGAACAUGCCUCUUUCUAUUUUAAGAUACUUAAGCUCCAUAGUCCCUUCAAUUCAGCUAACCAACUUUAGGAACUUUGUUGACUCUGUGUUAGCAAUUAAUGAUAUCUUGGAGACAUUUGAGAAGCUACAGGUUCCUGUUCCAGAGGUAGUAAACCGCCUUUGUAAUAAGUCUGAAGCUUUAUGCUGUGCAUUAUCUGGUACUUUUAGGUAUUUAUCAACUAUAUUACUUUGUGAUAGGUUGAUAAUGACAGGAAUCUUUACUGAGUACGAUCCAUCUGUUUCCAAACAUUUGAUGGUGAAUGUGGGAGCAAUAAAGGAUUUGGAGUUAUUACAGUCUCAACAUGGUGAUGAGAAGAACUCUUUAUUUGGUUUCCUAAAGCAUACUAUCACGCCAGGAGGCACUAGAUUACUAAAAAGAUGGAUUACCUACCCUCUGGUUAAUACUGAUAGGAUUAAUGAACGCCUAGACUCAGUUAAAUGGUUUAUGGACAACUCAGAAAAGCUGUACGAGUUUAGAGAUGAACUAAGAGCUAUUGAGAAAAUGGCAUCUUCAGCAUCAUCAAAGGGAUCAAGGAAGAAGUACUCACAACAUCUUGACUUUGAGCGUCUGAUCAACAGAAUUACUUCAGGUGUUUUGCAAAAUAAAAGAGGAGCAGUUUACUUUUCAAACGUGGUUCAAAGAAGAUUCGAUGAAUUCGUUAACUCAAUGAAUCUGUUCGAUUCAGUUCUUCAAUGUAUUAUACGUGUUUUUGGAGAUGAGAACUCCAGAAAAGAUAUGCCUAAGCUUUUAGUGGCUUUAACUGGAAUUAGAGAUGACUCUUCUGAAGGAUUCCUACAAAAUACAUUUGCUACUACUGAAAGAUUAAGAUCUCUGGUUACCUUGGACUCAAAUGGUAAGGACUGGAUUCCUGUUCCAGGAAACUGCAAAGAGUACGAUGACUUGUUAGAUUCAAUUAACAAAACCAAGUUAUGCUUUGACGAUGAAUUGAAGAGAAUUAGCAAGCAGAUGAAUACUACAGCAAUUUCAUUUGCAAACUGCAAGUACAGAUACGAGGUGGAAUGCCCAGAAAGUAUUCCAAAGUCCAGAUUCCCAGAUUCUGCAGAAAUUACAUCUUCCAAGAAAGGCUAUGUGAGAUUCCACACCGAGGAAAUUAAACAACUUUUAUACGAUCUAGAGUAUAAGGAGGAGCAGCUCCAGAAAAGUUUGUUUCCUUAUUUACAUCUUAUGUGCAAGGAAUUCCACUCUGAAUUAUCUUCCUUUAUGGCAAUUUCAGAUUCAAUUUCCCAGUUAGAUGUACUAUCUUCCUUGGCUCUGGUUUCAAUAGAUACAUCAGAUGGUCCGUUUUGCAAGCCAGUUUUCCUCUCCAAAGAUGAAACCAAUGGUUUACCAAUGUUGGAGCUUAAAGAGAGCAGACAUCCCGUCGUAGCUAAGCUUAAAACAAAUUACAUCCCAAAUGAUAUAGUACUAAAUGGAGGUUCUUCUCCGGCACCUUGCUCUUUAGUUACUGGGCCCAACAUGGGUGGAAAAUCUACUAUUCUCAGGCAAACAUGCAUUUCCGUUAUAAUGGCUCAAAUAGGAUGUUAUGUUCCAGCUUCUGAGUGUAGGCUAACAGUAGUAGAUAAGAUUUUCACCAGAAUCGGUGCUUAUGAUUUAAUUAUUGAAGGAAAAAGCACUUUCUUGGUUGAGCUUGAGGAAACCGCUGAUAUCCUUAACCAUUCAUCUGAGGAUUCUUUGGUCAUCAUUGAUGAGCUUGGCAGAGGAACCUCAACUUUUGAUGGGACAGCAAUUUCCAUUGCUACUCUUGAGUACAUUUCAAGAAUUAUCAAGUGCAGAUGCCUCUUUUCAACUCAUCUUCACUUGCUUUGUGACGAGUUUUCUAAUGACACAAAGGUUCUUCCGUUCCACAUGGAUUUAAAAUUAAAUAAUGAGACAAAAUCUAUCACUUUUCUAUAUAAGUUUAUAUCUGGUAUUUGUCCAAAGUCUUAUGGUAUGAAUGUUGCUCAAUUAGCUGGAAUCCCACAAGAAGUUAUAGAUAAUUCUGUGGCUUUAGCUAGUGAUGUUGAGUCAUCUACCUUACUCCUAAGGAACAUUUCUGAGACAAAGAAACUUCUCAUGGAUGUUUUAAUCCAAGACGACUUUUCUAAGAUACAAGAAUUUUUCAAAAACAACAAGGACUCUGUUCUUAGUUGUUUAGAGUCAUUAUCCUAA